GCCUCAUCCAAGCAUCAUGUCAACUAGAAGACCGUCCGAUCACUUUGGUAACAAUUCAGGUGAUCAAGAAGAUUCAGUGGACUUUGAAUUUUUCGAAGAACAUCGAGAGUCUAUACCGGGAUCACUGAAAAAGAAUGACAACAAUAAUUCAAAUUUAGUUAAAGUAAACAAUAAGACGUUCGUAGUAGAAGAAAAACAGGAAGGUGGUCUGUAUAAACGGAAUGAAGAUCUUGAAUUAAGCGAUGAAACAUAUCAUAACAUUGAAGAGGAAGAAGAGAACAAGAAGGGAAAAGAAGAUGAAAAUAAUUGGGUUAAAAGUCCAACAUUUCACAAAUCAUUUAAUAAUUCUGAUAGAAGUAAUAGAAAUAAAGCUGUAGUGAAGGAUAUUGACAGUGACUCAGUGAAUGAUGAUGACGAAGAAGAACAAUCAAUUUCAUCUGGCGAUAUUUCUAAUAUUCCUAGAAAUAAAAAUAGAAAUGUAACAUCUAGAAAUUCUCCAAUACGACAAUCACCGAAUAAAACUAAUGACCGGAAAAAGCAAACCAGACCCUCAUUUCAUAUUGCUUCAAAUUCUGAUAUUUUUAAUAUGAACAAUGAAUGUAUUAAUGUUGCACAAAUUGCAGAUGCUUUGAAAAGUUUUGACAAAAAAAUACAUCGUUUACAUAUUCGUCCACCAUGGAAAGAUCCGAAUUCAAAACCACUUCCAAGUGAUCGAACAAUAGCAUUUUAUAACAUGUACGAGGACUAUUUAAAAUAUCGAAAUCAGCGACCAUUGUCAAGUUUAGGAUAUUCAACAACAAAAUGUUUGAAUGACGAAAUAGCUGUGCAUAGAUUGUACCACUCAACAUUGAAUCGUUUGCGUCAAAAUGAAAAAAUACAGCUGGAAAACUAUGAAUUAGCUAAGCGCUUACAAAAAAUUCGACCAACAACUGGUAUGACUAGAGAAGAACAAUUACGAGAUUAUAAAAAGUAUUUUAUUACACCGAACUCAUUGUAUCCUUAUUAUAAAUCUGACUUUACUUCUUAUCGAAAACAUUUUUAUGUCAAUCAAAACCUUAUUAAAAAUAAAAAGCAGAUUAAUACUGUAAAACCAAAUGAAUUAACAUCGAAAUCUGUAAAUAAUAAUUUAUCAUAUAAUAAAUACCAAACAAGUAAUAAUAAUAAUAAUAAUAAUAAUAAUAAUAAUAAUUUGAAACGAUCAAACAAAGACGUGAAAGGAAAAAUAAAAUUUGAAAAUUCUUAUAAUUCUGAAUUUAAACAUGAAUCACAUGAUUCACAUUCUUCUACAUUGAAUCAUCAAGUUCAAUAUUCAAAACAAUUCAAUAAACCAAUCACUGUUAAACAACAAUCUUCCAAUAAUCGUCCAUCAUCAUCAUCAUCAUCAACAUCGUCAAGUUCAUUUAAUUCAUCACCUGAAUUAUCAGUGAAAUAAUAAUAAUAAAUACUUUUAAAAUGAAUUAAUUUUCAAAUUUUAUUCAAUUUAUUUAUUUUAUUUGUUUUGGAAAAAAAAAUUGUAUUUUUAAAUACGGUGAAUAAGAAUUUAACUUUAAAAGUAAAUAUAAAUUAACAAACAUUUAAACAAUUGAACAAUUGAAAUAUCUUUUUCUUUCAUAAU